AUGAUGCAGCCUCAGUGCCUCUUGCUCCUGCUUUCUGUGCUGUGCAGCCCUUUGGCCUCUGCUUGUAAGUACAAGGAGGCACAAGCUGGGGACACUGGGUGGGGACAGCUUGGCCCCUCCUCGCUCACCCUCGGGGCUUUUCGUCUUUCAGAUGAAUGGCAGAGACAGGCGAAUUGCACACAGUGGAGUCGGAUCGUGGGAGGCCAGGAAGCCAAGCCCCACUCCCUGCCCUACAUGGCCUAUCUGAGGAAAGCCAAUGGCUCUUUCUGCGGGGGAAUCCUGGUGGAGCCAGACUGGGUGCUGACCGCCGCUUACUGCAUAGGGUCCUCGAUGGUCAUCCUGGGCGCUCACGACAUCAGCAUAUUGGAGAAGACUCAGCAAAGGUUCACCGUGCAGAGUGUUCACCCGCACCCUAAUUACAACAGCCGUACCCAGAAGGACGACAUAGCCCUGCUCAAGCUCCAUGAGAAAGCCACCAUCACUGCAUUCGUCAAGGUCAUUAGACUGCCUAAGAAGGGAAGCACCCUCCACAAAGGGACCAAGUGCAGCACAGCUGGAUGGGGCCUCAAUGACCAAGAGAAGCCCUCAAACAAGCUCCAUAAGAAAGACGUCAUUGUCCACUCGUGGAAGGAUUGCAGUCAGCUAUAUCCCAGCCUCAGCAAAAAGAGUAUCUGUGCAGGGAGCAACAGCAGGAACAGGGACUCCAAUACGGGGGACGAAGGCAACCCUCUGAUCUGCAACGAAGUACCACAAGGAAUCUUAUCGCAAAUGCCCUCCAGACCUCCGGCCUUUUACACCCUCAUCAGCCCAUACUACAACUGGAUCCAGGAGACCAAGCGGAAGGCAAGCAACUGAGCUAUCGACUCAAGCCCUAGUCUUCUCCCGCCCCCCCUGCUGCUUUUGUGCAUUUUCCUGUGCUGCAUUCACCUGCUUGG